UGCCGAUUCCGAAUCUAUCAUCAAACGAACAAAGGACUCUCGGCACUAACAGCAGCCGCCGCCCUUGCCAACGCCGCCAUCACCAUGGAGUUUAACAGCGGCUCUCCGUAUCCGGAGGGCGUCAUAUCCUUUCUUGACACGGACUUGUACAAACUCACUAUGCAAUGCGCCGUCCUCAAGCACUUCAGCAGUGCCUCAGUCACUUACGCCUUUAGCAACCGUACACCAGACAAGAGGCUGUCACGCGCCGCUUACCAAUGGCUCGCCGACCAGAUCAGGAAGCUGGGAAAUAUCUCGCUGUCAGACGAAGAGUACCGUUUCCUCAAAGACAACUGUUCCUACCUCACAAGCGAAUAUCUAGCGUUCCUUCGCCAAUUCCGGCUGAGCCCUCGGGACCAGGUACUUGUCAAAUUUGUCCCGCUCGACGCCGAUACAGGCGCCGAUGACGUUCUGGGCGAUGUCGACAUCCAGAUCAGUGGUAGGUGGGUCGACACGAUCCUCUACGAGAUCCCAAUCUUGGCCCUGACCUCGGAGGCCUACUUCCGCUUCAUGGACACGGAUUGGGACUACCGGGGUCAGGAGGAGCUCGCCUACGACAAGGGUGUGCGCCUGCUCAAGGCCGGCUGCGUCGUGUCCGAGUUCGGCACCCGUCGCCGCCGCGACUACCACACGCAAGCCCUGGUCUUCCGAGGGCUUGCAAAGGCCGGCAAGGAGGCCCAAGAUGGCGGCUGGCCCGGCAACCUUACGGGCACCAGCAACGUUCAUCUGGCCAUGCGCUUCAAUAUGGCCCCGGUAGGGACCGUCGCGCACGAGUGGUUCAUGGGCAUUGCUGCCAUUGUGGGCGACUACAAGGUCGCAUCCGAGGAGGCCCUUGCCCGUUGGGUCGACUGCUUCGGCCCGGGUGUCCUGGGCAUUGCGCUCACUGACACAUUCGGGACACCGGAGUUUCUCAAGGCGUUCGGCCGGCCGGCGCGCUGGCUCGACCCCGCGCAUGAGAUAAAGGCUGGCACCGGCAAGACAUACGCCGAUGUGUUUGCGGGGGUUCGUCAGGACUCGGGAGACCCUGCCAACUUCGUCAAGAGGAUGCGGGCCUUUUAUGACGAGCAGGGCAUCAAGGAGAAGAAGAUUAUCGUCUUCUCGGACUCGCUCAACAUCGAACGCUGCCUCGAGUACAAGCAAAUUACGGAAGAGGCUGGACUGACACCAACGUUUGGCGUCGGCACCUUUCUCACUAACGACUUCCUCAACCUAUCGACGGGUAACAAGUCAGUGCCGCUGAAUAUCGUCAUCAAGCUGAGCUCCGUCGACGGAACCCCGGCAGUUAAGCUGAGCGACAAUAUUGGCAAGAACACCGGCGAUGCAGCCACCGUCGAACUGGUCAAGCGCGAGCUUGGGUACAUCGAGAACGAAUGGGAGGGUGGUGAUGAGACAUCAAGAUGGGGCAAGGAGGUAGAAACAGCAUCUAGUCGCUGACUGAGUACACAAGCAAGAAAACAACCCCGAGUGUGAGUAGUCACCUUGAUGAGGUCAAGUUGCAAACGGACGGACAAAAAAUCCGGUGCGCAAGCACACGUCGUGAUGUAUUCCAGAACCCUUGAACCCUGCGCACGUUGUGCGUGAUUAGCGUGCGCGUGGCUUGAGGAUUUGAUGCAGUUUGGUGCAGUCUCCUGUGGGGAUAACGACAUUCGGCUCGAUGGCCGAUCUCGGCUUGAAGCUGGGUGUGAGCUUGACAUGUGCGUCCACAGCCGCUUGCAAGCGUCCAUGUUGGCGUAGCGACUGUUUGGGCUUGCUUUCAAAGGCUCUUCUCUUUGGCCAGAAUGAUGAUCGUGUUGUCCUUGCAUCUCCACGUCACACUGUUUUUUUUAUUUUGUUUUUUUUGCGGUCCCACGCGUUCCCUAGCCUCGGUCAGCUAUAAAAGCCCCAGGACGCUCAUCCUGAGUCGCGCCAUUUCAAACCAACAGGAACCACUUUGGUGCCAGAGUCAUUUGGCGUCUGUGCUGGUUCUGCCCUGACACCAUGUCACCCUGCCCAGUUCAUCAGGUGGUCAAGUGUGGGCAAAUG